AUGGCGGCUAAAGUAGCUAACGACUGGCUAAAACCAAUACCCAUAGAAAAUGUGGAGGAAACUGGUAAAGAACUAGGUCGAGGGUCAUACGGCGUUGUCAUUGAAGUGAUUGUGAAUGGCCAGCGGUGUGCUGGAAAGAAGCUUCAUAAUCUUAUUUCUGAGGGACAAGUAGCAAGAAAAUUCACUGAGGAAGCCCUUCUUCACAACAUGCAGCAUCAUCCUAACAUUGUCGAUUUCUUAGGCGUCUAUUAUGCUCCACAUUCUACGCUGCCAACAUUAGUAAUGGAGUACCUUCCGAUGACUCUUGCAUCUUGCCUUGAAUCUAAUAACCUCAAAAUACAGAUGAAAUAUGCUAUUCUCCUUGAUGUCGCUAAAGGUCUGAUUUAUCUUCACCAAAAGAACCCCUGUGUUAUUCAUCGUGACCUUACAGCUAAUAAUGUCCUAUUGACCCAUAAUUUGCUACAAGCAAAAAUAUCUGAUUUGGGUAUGUCCAGAAAAUGGGCUGAUACAAUGCUCACCAAGGCUCCUGGAAAUAUUGCGGUAAUGCCACCAGAAGCUCUUGAAGAUAAUCCGGUAUAUGAUCACAAGUUAGAUGUAUUCUCUUAUGGUUGUCUCAUUCUUCAUGUUCUUACUGGUCAAUUUCCUCAACCGACCAAUCAGUUUAAACCUAAACCAUCUCGAAAAAGUGCAGAUGACUACAUUAAAGUGCCCGAGUGCAAUAGAAGGUCAUAUUAUAUUGAGAAACUACCACAAGUUAGUGAUCUCACUAGUUUAGUUAAGCAAUGCCUCUCAGAUGAUCCCACUAAACGACCUGAAAUAAAAAUAGCAUCAAGUAUUAUAGAAGAAUUCAUAUCACAUGUGGUAGUUGAUGGUGUUGAAGAAGGUUUUGCUUUAGUUGAUGUUAUUUCUGAUCUUGAAAUAAGAGAGCUUGGAAUAGGAGUAGGAGUUGAGGAAACGGCCAAGGCUCUGCUGACAGCAGAAUUGACCUCCCUUCUCACAGCAUCCUGGAUGACUGCCACAAUUGUUGAAGGAGUUAAAAUUGGAGCUGAAGAUGAUGAUGAAGAAGAAGACGGAGCUGAAGAAGAAGCAGAAGAACUAGCAGAAGACGUCGCCAUAGAUAAACAGCUAGAAAAUCAGACCUUUCUGCUCUAA